GGACGGGGCGCUUGUACAGCGCGACGGAGGAAGAUGCCGCGAUUCGUGUGUACUCAGCGCAGGCAGCAGAAGCCAGGCUCCACGGCCCUACCAGCGUUAAGAUAAUACAUCUUGGAUUUUCCAUGCCAUUGUAUUCGUGGGAUGAUUUCUACAAACAAUAUGUCAAAAUGAUAACAAAUAUUAUCAUCUUAAGUGUACUUAUUUGUAUUUCUUUAUCUUUUUGGAUUGUGUCCAUGACUGCAAGCACCUAUUAUGGUACUUUACGCCCUAUUUCUCCAUGUCGCUGGCUGUUUUCAAUUCUAAUUCCACUAAUGAUUGCUUCACGAGGAUUUAAGAAGAAAAGUCUAGAUCAUGGUGGAGCAAUAGGAGGUUUAUUAGUUGGAUUUAUUCUUACUGUUGCAAAUUACAGCUUUUUCACUGCCUUGCUCAUGUUUUUCAUUACAUCGUCCAAACUUACGAAGUGGAAAGGCGAAGUAAAAAAGAAAAUAGAUUCGGAAUACAAAGAAGGUGGGCAGAGAAACUGGGUGCAGGUUUUCUGCAAUGGUGGUGUACCUACGGAACUGGCUCUACUGUACAUGAUUGAAAAUGGACCAGGUGAAAUCCCAAUCGACUUUUCCAAACAGUAUACAGCAUCCUGGAUGUGCCUGUCGCUACUGGGUGCUUUGGCCUCCUGUGCUGGGGACACAUGGGCUUCAGAGAUUGGUACUGUUAUGAGUCAUGAACCCCGGUUAAUAACAACCUGGGAAAAAGUUCCAGUAGGUACCAAUGGUGGUGUCACUGUAGUGGGCCUAAUCUCAAGCCUGCUUGGGGGCACAUCAGUAGGAGUGGCUUACUUCAUUUCUCAGUUGAUCUUUGUGAAUGAUCUGGAUAUAUCUGCUCCACAAUGGCCAAUUAUUGUGUUUGGUGGAAUAGCUGGCUUACUGGGAUCAGUGAUUGAUUCUUACUUGGGAGCAACCAUGCAGUACAGUG